AUGAAGAAAAAGGAGGGUGUUCAUUCGUUCUGGGUGUUUGUUACGUACUCGCAGUGUACGAUUGACGACAAGGAGGAGUUUGAGCGGUUGUUCAGGGACGCGCUGAAGCAGUUUGCGCCGCAGGCGAAAUACUUCGGAUGUCGAGAGCGACAUGAAGAAAAGGGUAUUCACUACCAUGUGCUGGUGAACCUGGGGUUUCAACCAACAUGGACGAUGGAACGAGCGCGGGCGCGAUUUACGGUGAUUGGCAACAUGUCCAAGUCAAUCAACUUGACGCCCAACAGGUCAGCGAACAUGUGGAGGUUUGUUCGGAACCAUGUGGAAUAUGUUCAGAAAAACGGGGAUGUAUUCGGUAAAGCGUUCUCAGUGAAACCGGGGGGCGAAAGAAAGCAGCUUUGGCGCGAGUACAAGCCUGUCGAAUUAAAAAAAGAAUAAGGCGCGGUAUAGUGACGGCCAUGAUGCCAGAAAGUAGUACAGUACAGAGAUG